GGGGCGGCCCGCGAGUCGUGUCCGCUCCCGCCCAAUCGCGGGCCCGGGCGCGGGGGCGGCGCUUCGGUUGCCGGGGCAGGGGCGGGCCGGGCAUCGCCAUCGUGGCCGUCAUCAUCUUCAUCGCCGUCAUCGCUAUGAAUACUCCAAAACACUUGGAAGGAGAGCCACGUAUAAGAGAGGGCUACGCAUGGGAAGUGGAGAGAGAGUCAAGAUGAGAGAUACGCUUUCAUUGCUGAAUGGUACGACCCAAAUGCUUCACUCUUUCGGCGUUAUGAACUUCUGUAUUAUCCGAAAGAUUCAUCAAUUGAAAUGUACGAUGUGAAGAACCGUCGCACGUUCCUGAGGCGCACCAAGUAUGAGAGCUUGCACCUCGAGGAUCUCUAUGUGGGCAGCAAAGUCACUGUGUUCUCCCGGCACCUCACCAUAGUGGACUAUGGGAAUCUGUACACGUCUCGCAAGCUUGGGAGCCGUGAAGAAAGAACACUGGCUUUAAUUAAACCUGAUGGAAUGCGUAAGAUGGGAGAAUUAUUUGAUAUCAUUAUUAAUGUUGGAUUGACAAUAACUAAGGCCAAAAUGAUGCUGCUUUCAAGAAAAGAAGCAGCUGAUUUCUAUGCUGAUUAUCGAGCAAAACCUUUUUAUCAUGAGCUUCUCCAGUUAAUAAUGAGUGGCCCCAUCCUUGCUAUGGAGCUCUUAGGAGAUGAUGCAGUGAGUAAGUGGAGAGCAAUAGUGGGGCCAGCAAACCCUGUGACGACUGAGAGUGAUACUCUGGACAGCAUCUCAGAAAGCUUUGGACAUUGUGGCCUCAGAGAUGCAGCUCAUGGCCCAGAUUCAGUUGCUUCAGCUGCUAAAGAGCUGGAGUUGUUCUUUCCCUCCAGUGGAGGUCGUGGACCAGUCAGCAGUGCCAAAUUCACAAACUGUACUUGUUGCAUUAUUAAGCCUCAUGCUGUUAAUGAAGGGCUUUCUGGAAAGAUUAUAAAAGCCAUCCUCAAGGAAGGAUUUGAGAUCUCAGCUUUGCAGAUGUUCAACAUGGAGCGUCCAAAUGUGGAAGAAUUUUAUGAGAUUUACAAAGGCGUUGUCCCUGAAUACCUGGAGAUGAUUUCAGAAUUGUGUUCAGGCCCCUGCAUAGCAAUGGAGAUUAGACAAUUCGAUCCUUCAAAAGUGUUCAGAGACUUCUGUGGUCCUACUGACCCUGCAUUGGCCCGUCACCUCCGACCUGGGACUCUGCGUGCUGUCUUUGGGAAGGACAAGAUUCAGAAUGCUGUUCACUGCACAGACCUGCCUGAAGAUGGGCUUUUAGAGAUAGCAAAGAGUUCAGCAUCUUGCUUCUCCAGGAUUGUGUGUUCCACUUAGGAAGUCUUUAUCAAGCCCCUUGUUCUAGGAUAGUCCUGUUUUAUCACUUUACAUGGAGACAUUCUCCCUGGUAAUCUGCAUCAUGUAGCACUAAGUGAGCCUGACUCCUGCACAAAGCCAGCUGCCACGUUUUGUCACCUCUGAGCAGCCCCAGCAGGCACAGCCUGUCCUCAGCCCUGGCCACUGGCCUAGCAGUAACACAGAGCAAGUGGCUGCCCUGAAACUCUUGUGGCUUCAGUGCGAAGCCUCCCUUCUGGCUGCUGGAAGCUUUAACCUGUACUGAGGAUUUGUUUUGUCUGGAACACAGAGGCUGUGCCUCCCAAGGUGGAGCAUGUGCAAUAAUUGGGAAGAGACUUUUUGGAAUCCUGACAGGCACAGCAGCCUCUCAUCCAGAGUAGGGAGAGGGAAAACAGGUAAUGAACAGACCCCAGCACUGAUGUGUAACAGCUCAAUGUUUCAGGCAUUUUAACUCCCUUGUGCUGAGACCGUCUGGGAAUGAUA